AUGGAUCAGCAUGGCAAUGUCCUCCUAUUUAACGGUGAGAUAUUUGGCGGGCUGCCCGUCCUUCAACCAGAGCAGAACGAUGCCCGGUGCCUUCUCUCCGCCCUCUCCUCCUGCUGCUCCUGCCGCUGCCCCUCCCCGCAAACCCUCAACACAACCUCCGGUGCGGCAAGCCUCAAGAGUGGUCAUGACAACCCUUCCACCACCAGUAGUAAAGACCAUAUCAGCAGCGCCAGCAGCGGCAGCAGCAACAUCCCAUCAACUCCUGUCUCCUUUUCACAAUCUUCCUCCUCCUCUCCUCCCUCCACCCAUCCUGACCCCCCACCCUCCCCACUCUCCGCCCGUCCAGCCCUUCCCUGUCCCCACCCCCACUCCGUCCCCCGCCUGCUCUCCUCUCUCCGAGGCCCCUUCGCGCUGGCCUAUUGGCAGGCAACAGCUGGCACGCUCUGGUUGGCCCGCGACUUCAUGGGGCGGCGCAGCCUGCUGCUCCAUGGGCCGUGCUGGGAGGGGAGUGGGAAAGCGAAAAGAGGGGAGGAGAAGGAGGGGAGAGAGGAGAAUGAGAGAAGGGAGGAGAAGGAGGGGGGAGAGGAGAGUGAGAGAGGGGAGGAGGAAAGCGGAGUGAGGAGCACUUUUGUGGUGAGCAGCGUGUGCCCCUCGCCUUGUACUCCCCGCCUCUCCAGUGCAGAGAGAGCAGGGAGUGAAGCGCGGACAGGGGAGGGGGCAUUGGAAAGAGCAGAGAGGACAGGAGGUGGACGAGUAGAGAGAGGAGGGGAAAGUGCGAGAAACUGGGCAGGGGAACGAGGAGCGGAGAUUGGUGAGCGAGGGAUUGGAGCAGAGGCAGGGGAAGGAGGGGAGGUAGGAGGAGGAAGGAGAGGAAAUGGUGGUGGGGAAGCGAUUGACCAGAGUGGUUUGAGUUCUGAGUCGACUCAAAACUCUGCAGGAGGAGCAAGAGGAAGAGAAAGAGGAGGCGGUGGUGGGGAAGCAGUUGAUCAGAGUGGUUUGCCAGAGUUUAGGUACUGGCAGGAACUGCCAUGCGGGAUAUACAGCACUGUGCUUCCUUCACAUGGCGAGGGAGUGAGUGAGGGUUUGAGAGAGAGUGAGGGAGUGAGUGAGGGGUCGAGAGAGCGUGAGGGAGUGAAGGUGAGGGAGGACGAGUGGGAGUGGUUCCGGCAUGAGUGGGAGGAUGAAACCGUCCAGCGACUGCUGACAUGGCAGCGACCAAUGGCAGCUGACGUGGCAAUCCAAGGUGAUGAGCUGGCAGGAGGUAGCGCUGAGGUGGCGCACCCCGGUACUGAGCUGGCGGCGGCAGGUGAUGCGGCUGACUCAGCAGCAGAUGAUGUGCUGGCAGCACUGGAUAGAGCAGUGGGGAUUCGAGUGAUGCACAUUCGAGAGGAAAGGCACAUUGGAAAAGGUAUACCCAUUGGCCCACUGGACGGGCACGGAGCAACAGCAGCACCAGUGGGGGCGUGUGUGCGCAGGGAAGAAGAGGCGGCACCACUGGCAGAACCAGAAGCAGCAGCAGAGGUAGCAGCGGUGGCAGGAGAUGCGUGCAGGGAGGAGGAGCGGGCAGCAGCAGUGGCACCAGAAGCAGCAGCAGCAGGACAUGCGUGCAGAGAAAGAGAGGAGCAGGUGGCACCAGUGGCGGUGCUCUUCUCAGGGGGGCUCGACUCCAUGCUGCUGGCGGCCCUCGCUCACCGCCACGUGCCCAUCCACCGUGAGUGUGUGUGCAUGCAUAGAGGGGAUGCGGGUGGCACCAGCAGUGGUGAUGUUCUCAGGCGGGUUGGACUCCGUGAUGUUCUCAGGGGAUGCAUGUUGCUGGCCGCCCUGGCUCACCGCCACGUGCCCAUCCACC